GCUCCGCUCGCUUCAUUUCAGCUCCCCUGAUGUCUGACCUGGAGUUUGGUGGCAUGUCCAUAAAGGAGGUGGAAAUGGACGGCAAGUACAAACCGCCGCAGCCUCACUGGUACGAGCUGUAUGCCCAGCCCUGCGUGGCCGAGCUCCUGGGCUCAGCGUUGUUCAUCUUCAUCGGGUGCGCGUCAGUGAUUGAGAACGUGGACGGCACGGGGAGGCUGCAGCCCGCCCUGGCGCAUGGGUUGGCUCUUGGGCUCAUCAUCGCCAUUUUGGGAAACAUCAGCGGUGGCCAUUUUAACCCAGCUGUCUCCUUGGCCGCGUGGCUGAUUGGUGGGCUGAACAUCAUGCUGCUCAUCCCUUACUGGAUCUCCCAGCUGUGUGGGGGGCUGAUCGGAGCUGGCCUGGCAAAGGUUAUGACAGCAAAUGACAGAUACAUAAACGCCACUGGAGCGGCUUUCACUAGCAUCACAGACGACGGGCAGAUCCUCUCCGCCCUUGUGGGUGAGAUUGUCAUGACCAUGUUCCUGGUCUUAGCCGUCUGCAUGGGAGCCAUCAAUGAAAAAACCAGCAGCCCUUUGGCACCUUUCUGCAUUGGUUUCACUGUCACCGCUGACAUCCUAGCUGGAGGCGCUAUAUCUGGGGCUUGCAUGAACCCUGCCAGAGCUUUUGGGCCAGCGCUGGUAGCAAACUACUGGGACUAUCACUGGGUUUACUGGGUAGGGCCCAUGGUAGCCAGCCUGCUAGCUGGUGCAUUGAUAAGGCUCCUGAUUGGCGAUAGGAAAAUCCGCCUGUUCCUGAAGUGAGCCCUGGAUUGGGACUGCCUGCGGGACACAAUCACUUAUGGAUAGGAAAUCGGCUCUACUUGGCCCUCGGGAGAAACUCUGCUUCACCACACACCAGCGCCUCCGUUCUCACUGUCUGGCCACGUGGAACUGCUCCGGGAUCCCAGCUUUCCAGUCUGGUUUCCCCAGAGAGCAGGUGUUGGCAGGAUGAUCCCACUUGAAGCUACAGAUUCUGUAAAAAACAAACAAACCCAAACCAAACAAAUCGCUUGUAUUGAGAUCAAAGCAAAGGCCUGUCUGGCUGGGUAGGAUCACUGGCCUUGCCUCUCUGUGCUGGGGCAGUGCCUCUUCCUACUGCACAAACGGCAGCCAGAAGCCAGGGCAGUUGUCCUGGGGAUUAAUAUCCCGUAUGGAGAUAAGCUAAAAUGGGCAGGAGGGUCUGGCGGGAAGUGAUGCAGCAGGGCUGGCCUGGUUUGCACAGCGCUCCCGCUGGCAUGACGGAGUGCGGCUGCAGCACCUCGGUGAUGCCAAUGUGCUUGCUGCUCCAAUCGCUGGGGAAAUUUGCUUCCUUGACUUUUUCUGUUCUGGAGAUGGGAGCGCCCAUCCCUGUGUUCCCCCUGGCCCCACCGCGUUCCCGGCGCAGCACACGUGGUGCUUCUGGAGAAAGCACUUUAUCAUUGUGUCCCAUGGCCCCAUCGCCUGGGCUGGAUCUCCAGCAAUCUCUUCUGCUCCCCAGGGCCGGCUGAC